AUGGCAAAAUUGUUGGGCAAGGUGCUGCUGGAAGACCUGGUGGAUGAGGAUGUGCUAGAAGUGCUGGUCGUAGAAGAGCUGGUGUGGGACGACGAGAUGCUUGCUGCACUGGAGGAUGAUGAUGUGCUUGUUGCACUGGAGGACGACGAGGUGCUUGCUGCACUGGAGGAUGACGAGGUGCUUGUUGUGCUGUAUGUAGAAGAGCUAGAGGACGAAGUAGGGGCAGAGCUUGACGACGAAGAUGUGCUAGUGGAAGCGACAUUGGCUGCUAGACUAAGGGUAGUAGAGCUGGAGGAAGAGCUGGAGGAAGAGCUGGAGGAAGAGCUGGAGGAAGAGCUGGAGGAAGAGCUGGAGGAAGAAAGCUUGAGGACGAAUCUGUGCUAG